GUUGCAGGACUGGAGCCUGGCCUGGGCUGCAGUUCUGGGGGUGGAACUGUGUCUGAGGAGGAGAGAGAGUGGUAUGAACUGAGCCUGCUGUUGUCUCUGUGUGGAUGUGGCUCAAAUGGACCUGAAAAGAGAAGCUGCAGGAAGUGGGAUUCUUCGGGAACCCGCUGCCUGCGCUGUUCAGCCUUUGCCGUUGUGUUGAUUGUGUGCUUUCUGGGGCAGGAGCUGUGUGAGGACCCUCACCUGUUUGUGGACGGCAUCAGCGCACACGACCUGCACCAGGGCCAGCUGGGGAACUGCUGGUUUGUGGCGGCCUGCUCCAGCCUGGCCUCCAGAGAGUCUCUGUGGCAGAAGCUCAUCCCGGACUGGAAAGAGCAGGAGUGGGACACAGAAAAACCAGAUUCCUACGCUGGGAUUUUCCACUUCCGCUUCUGGCGCUUUGGUGAGUGGGUGGAUGUGGUGAUUGAUGACCGGCUACCAACAGUGGACAACCAGCUCGUCUACUGCCACUCAAACGACAGCAACGAGUUCUGGAGUGCCCUUGUGGAGAAGGCCUAUGCUAAGGUUUAUGGCUGCUAUGAGGCUUUGGAUGGGGGGAACACGGCUGACGCUCUGGUGGACUUUACGGGCGGUGUUUCUGAACCCGUAGACCUGCUGGAGGGUCAGAUGGCUACAGAUGAGACAGCCCGAAACCAGCUGUUCGAAAGGGUUCUGAAAGUCCACAGCAGAGACGGCCUCAUCAGCUGCUCCAUCCGGGCAACCACGAUUGAAGACAUGGAGGCGCGGCUGGACUGUGGUUUGGUGAAAGGCCACGCCUACGCGGUGACGGAUGUCCGGAAGGUGAGGCUUGGUCAUGGACUGCUGGCCUUCUUCAAGUCGGAGAAGCUGCACAUGAUCCGCAUGAGGAACCCAUGGGGAGAGAAGGAGUGGAGCGGCCCCUGGAGCGACAGUUCAGAGGAAUGGAACAAGGUCAGCAAGAGUGAGAGGGAAAAACUGGGUGUCACCGUGCAGGAUGAUGGCGAGUUCUGGAUGACGUUUGAUGACUUCUGCCAGUAUUUUACUGAUCUGAUCCUUUGCCGUCUGAUCAACACCUCUUACUUGAGCAUCCACAAGACCUGGGAGGAGGAGGUGAUGAGGGGCUCCUGGAUCCAUCGCCAGGAUCCCCUUCGCAACAGAUCUGGAGGCUGCAUUAAUCAUAAGUCCACCUUCCUCCAGAACCCACAGUACGUCUUUGAUGUGAAGAAGGUGGAAGACGAGGUGUUGAUCUGCUUACAGCAAAAAGAGAAGAGAGCCACACCCAAAGAGGGCAAAGGGGAAAACCUGGCUAUAGGCUUUGAUAUCCACCAGGUGGAACUGAACAGGAAGUACCGUAUGCACACAGCCCAGCAGAAAGUAGCAGGUUCCAUCUACAUCAACUCACGCUGCGUCUUCCUCAGAAAGGAGCUGAAAGAAGGCCGUUAUGUCAUCAUUCCCACAACCUUUGACCCUGGGCAGCAGGGCGACUUUCUCCUCCGUGUCUUCACUGAUGUGCCUUCAGACUGCAAAGAGCUGACUCUGGAUGACCCCCCCCAGACAUGCUGGACGGGAAUGUGUGGCUACCCUCAACUGGUCACUCAGGUCCAUGUACUGAAUGCAGAUGGUCUGCAGGGACAGGACGCCAAUGGAGCUGUAGACCCCUACGUGAUAAUCACCUGUGAAGGAGAGAGGGUCCGGUCACCAGUUCAGAAAGACACACGCUGCCCCAACUUUGACAUCAAAGGCCUGUUUUACCGCAAAAAGCCCAAGGAGGGCAUCCACAUCGAGAUCUACAACAAGAACAUGAUUGUGGACACCUUCCUGGGUCAGGUGGUCCUGUUCAGUGACCCUAACGAGCGGCAGGAGCAGCACACGCUCCACCUCCGGGACAAGGGCAGCCGGCAGGACAGCGACCUGCCGGGCACGCUCACUGUGCGCCUCAUCACCUCCACCACUCUCACCCACAUCUGACCCCCCCUCACAGCCGCUGCCGGGGGCUGCAUCCAGCUCUCAGCUGGAGCCAGAGAUCACUGUCCCUCUGCCCUGCUCUCUUCUCCUGCCUCCCAUUCUUCUCCCUCUGCUUUCCUCAGUAUUUGUAUGUGAGCACACAGAAUGUGGAUUUACUUUCUCAGUCUUGUGAUGGAUUGGCUUCUACACCAUAAGCUUGGGCACUGGCUUGUAGCCAGAGCCACCGUGCACAUCUCAGCAGCUGUGUAAGGACUGGGCCGUUUCAGUGCUCUGACUCUGGAACCGAGAGUCCGUUCUGCCGCUCGGCGUUUAGCUCAGUUUGAACAUAUGCACAUACAUUUACAAACACAUUCUGACAUUAUGCACUCUCCAUGCAUGUGCCAAUGUUUCCAAGGGCUAUGCAUUGCCUUAAGGCUGAGUAUGUCUCUCCACCUUGAGGGGACAGAGUUUAUUUUGGAUUUAGUCCGCUGUUUUGCUGAGCACAGCCUCCGGUUGGUUUCUUUUAGGCUGCAUGUCCACCUGCUUCACGUCUGGGUUGUUUAUCUGGAGUAGCCAGCUCUCCCUCUCCCAUCUUUAGCAGGUUGACAGUGCUUUGGUGAGCGUGCAGAAGUGUCUGACAAUUGUUUCUGUCCACUUUCAAAUUUGGAAGAGUGUUUUUGUU